AUGAGUAAAAGUGAUGAGGAUUUGACAUCAGGACUGCGGGAGCUGAGAAUUUGUAAGGGUAUACUAACCAAGGGAGUCGCGGUUUCCCAGCAACCAAACGUUGAUGACGUUGCUUCUGAUAAAAGUGAUAAUAAACAGGAUAAGGUUGCUGAGGGCGCUGAAGAUGCUGAAUUGCAUCAUUCGGAUGACUUAGUAAGUGAUGAUGAUUCUUUUGGGGAGCCAGAAAUCACUGGUGCAUGGGUACAGGAAGAACAGGGUACCCUUGGGGAAGAUACAAGGUCAUCAUCGGAUGAGGAAUGGCAAACUAUGCCUGCAAUUGCUUCGUACGAUGUUUACGAUCCUUCAGGGGAGCUUGCCGUACCAACAAAGACCCAGGAAUUAGCUGACACAACUCGCAUAACAGAUAAUUCUGGGACUCAAGAGUCAGGUUUUCAUCCUAGGGAGGGUACAUUCGGGUAUACAAAAGCGGCUGCGGAGGAACAAGCUCAGCGAGCUCAUGCUACCAACAAGAAAACCGACUUCUUGUUUGGUAGACGUUUUAUGGAUUCCUCAAUGACGUCUCUAGGCACUACAGGGUCCAGUGGUGAGAUCGAAGGCUCAGAUGCCCCAUAUACUGCGGCAAGAUCUGCGGAAGACCAACUGUCGCUCACAAAAACUCUGCUUACCGAGAAGGAGAAGUUUGCAUACCUUGGCGCGGUAUCAGUCCUAGUAAAUGAAAUGUGUACGUACUUCGCGCAAAUAUGUAUAUGUUCGAAGAACGUUACCAACGACAAGAAACUUGCCCAUCGGCUGCAGAACUUGCAAAAGAGGAUGGCGGAGUGGAAGAGUACUCUAUGCAAUUUAAUGUAUGCUCAUUUGGAUAUUCAACCUGAGGAGAUAGAGAUGGUUGAGAAACUGUCCCUACAUGGAAUUGAGUUACCAGCCUUGUGUAAGUGCCUCAAAACCAGCCGUGUUGUUGAAAACCCCUGGGCAAAGGGUACUGAUGGCAUUUCUUUAGCAGGCGAUAUUGAAGAGGUUACCACGAAACAGACGUUAGAAGUUGACGUUGCAUGGACUAUAAUUUGCGAUCUUUUCCUGUUAUUGGUACAAGACUCUAACUACGAUGCCAGAUCGCGGACGCUGUUAAUAAAGUUCGCUGGCGUUUUGGAUAUCUCACGCACGGAGAUCUGUGAAUUUGAAAAGCAGGUCACAGACAUACUAGAGCUGGAGCAGUCUACAGAGGAGCAAGUAUGGGAUGAGAAAGAACACAUGGAUGGUAGAAGAAAGGAGAAAAGGAAGAAAAAACUUGCCUACGUCGGUCUUGCAACUAUCGGUGGAUCGCUUAUUCUUGGAUUGUCAGGCGGCCUGCUUGCUCCGGUUAUUGGCGCAGGUCUUGCAGCCGGACUAUCCACCAUAGGAGUUGGAGGUGCGACCGGAUUUUUGACGGGAGUUGGAGGGACAACCGUUGUUGCUGUUUCUAGCACAGCUAUUGGGGCCAAUAUUGGCCGCAAGGCGAUGAGCAGAAGAAUGGGUAGUGUCAAAACGUUUGAAUUUAAACCCUUACACAACAAUAGAAGAGUUAAUUUAAUGGUAAGCGUUUCAGGUUGGAUGAUCGGCAAAGCAGACGACGUUAGACUACCAUUUUCCCCUGUCGAUCCAAUCGAAGGUGAUUUAUAUUCAUUAUCAUGGGAGCCAGACAUGCUAAAAUCCACUGGGCAAACAAUAAAUAUCCUAGCUAGUGAGAUAGUCACCCAGACAAUACAGCAGAUUCUUGGCGCAACGGUGCUUACAGCGUUAAUAGCUGCGAUCCAAGUGCCAAACCUGCUUUCAAAACUAGGAUAUAUUAUUGACAAUCCAUGGAACGUGUCGCUAGAUAGAGCAUGGGCAGCCGGAUUGGUACUUGCUGAUACGUUGAUGGCUCGCAACCUUGGUAGAAGGCCUUGCUCACUUGUAGGAUUUUCGCUUGGUUCAAGGGUGAUUUACUCGUGUCUUUUGGAACUGAGUAAAAAGGGAGCAAUUGGGUUAGUCGAAGAUGUUUAUCUAUUUGGCUCUCCAAUGGUUUAUAAUCGCGAUGAGAUGGUAUUAGUUCGUGCUGCAGUUAGUGGUAGGUUUGUGAACGGCUAUUCAGACAGAGAUUGGGUCUUAGGCUAUUUAUUUAGAGCUACUGGUGGUGGUAUUCAAAGAGUUGCGGGCAUUUCACCUAUUACCGAAGUAGAAGGCAUUGAGAACAUGAAUUGUACUGAGCUGGUGGAAGGCCAUAUGGCAUAUAGGAAGAACAUUCCAUCUCUCUUGAAAAAACUCGGCAUUUCUGUUAUUAGUGAGGAGUUCACUGAAAUUGAUGAUUCCCCAGAUCCAGAGCAAGUGGCACGGCAAAGAAAAUUAGUUACAGAGUUGCAGGAUGCUCAAAAUAAAUUGACAAAUAAAAAAUCUAAAAAGGCUAAAGUUGGUUGGGUUCCAAAAUGGUUUAAGCCUAAGAAACAAGAAUGGCAAGAGAUGUACGAAAAGAAGUUAAAGGGAAACCAGAAACAGACAACCAAUGUUGGUAAUACAACUACAGUAGGUACAUCAGAACAAAAAGCUCACACAGAUUUAUCUAUUGUGGACAACGACGCACUGGUAGAAGAGCUGCAACACUUAAAAGAUAUGGUGGUUCAAGAUAUGCCACUACACGCCGGUAAAGGUUGCCCCAUCCCUAAUACUAAUAAUAUGGACAGCCAUAAACUUGAAGCACAAUCCGCUACAAAUCCUGUUUCACCGAAUAACUCAGUUCAUAGCGACCCUGAUGAGACUAGGAAAGAGGCUUCAAAAGAGGAACAGCUAACAUUUGCCUUCGCGGACGAUAUAUAA